UUGUUAAUGCUAUUGGCAAUUGCAUUGUCCGAAAUGAAUCUGCAAGGCGGUAAAUUGCGAUGUGGUGCGUGAUGACUCGGUGGUUCGGGUAAGUGUGGCGGCACGCAAGGGUUGCAGGCUUCGGGCCCGGUGGUGAUCCUACGAUCGCACCGGGCUGCAGAGCCGGCUCUCAGUGUCGCUCAAGUCGCGGCGCGCGUUGGUCGUGCGUCGAGCGCGCGUUCAGUGAUGUCUGCGAGAUGAGGCUGUCGGUGAUGUUACUGUGGCUGGGCGCGGCGGCGGCAUGUGGCCCCGGCCGUGGCUUCAAUAGCCGCCCCCCAAUGCGCCGUGUCGAUCCCUUCGUCAACGGCCAGCAUGAUCCUAACACCAGUGAAAACAACAGAAUGGCCAGCGGCCCCUCUGAGGGUCGCAUCACCAGACACGACAAGAAGUUCAAAGACUUAGUGCCUAAUUAUAACCCGGACAUCGAUUUCAAGGAUGACGAGGGUACUGGAGCUGAUCGCCUGAUGACACAGAGAUGCAAAGAGAAACUGAAUACUCUUGCGAUCAGCGUAAUGAACCAAUGGCCGGGUGUGCGGCUGCGAGUCAUCGAAGGCUGGGAUGAAGAGGACUCACACGGAGAGGACUCGCUGCACUAUGAGGGCAGGGCAGUAGACGUAACCACUAGCGACAAAGACAAGAGCAAGCUCGGCAUGCUGGCAUGGCUGGCUCGCCAAGCGGGCUUCGACUGGGUUUACAAUCACGGCCGGUCUUAUGUGCACUGCUCAGUCAAAACAGAAUCUUCCGUUGGGACUGGAGCUGGAUGUUUCCCUUCUGGAUCCGUAGUGUACACGACUAACGGAACCCGUGAUAUUUCUGCUAUCCAGAAGGGCGAUAGAGUUUUAGCCGCUGAUGAUGACGGCAAACUUAUAUAUUCAGAGGUUCUGACAUUCAUCGAUCGAGACCCGAACGCCACGAGGCAGUUUAUACAAAUAACUGCGGAAAAUGGCGUGACAAUAUCGACGACGCCGUCGCACCUGUUGCUCCUCGCAGCCGCUGACGGGUGGCGGGAAUCCUUCGCAACUAACGUGCAAAUUGGCGAUGUCCUCUUAACGAGAGGGCCGGGGAGUGUGAUGAGACCGUCGAGAGUGGUCAAUACUCGAAUAACGUCGAAACACGGUGUUUACGCACCCCUAACUAAAUCAGGGACUAUAAUAGUAGAUGAUGCUUUAGCAUCCUGUUACGCGCUCGUCAGGAGUCACUCGCUGGCUCACGCGGCUAUGGCUCCACUAAGGUGGAUGGCAGGAUGGAGCAGCACCAAAGAGGUACCUCGUGGUGUCCAUUGGUAUGCUAGCGCGCUGUAUACUUUUGGAGACUUAAUAUUGCCAUCUUCGUAUAAAUAUCAGUAAACGAUAACUGUGUAUGGUGAAAAAUUUGAUAGUGACGAGGAACGUUGAACGCGCGCAGGACGUGUCGAAUUAGGACACUUUGUAAAUAUAACCAGUGUAAAUAAAAUGUGACAAAUUGACAGACUUUGUAGACAAUAUAAUAUAUAAUUAUUAUUAUUCAUGUCAACAACGAUAUACCUUCACUUGAAUUUAUUUAUUAAGUAGUUUUAGGAGCAUAUUUGCAAAAUUUGCAUAUUAUAUAAUUACGGUAUGAAUAUUUGUAAAUUGUGUCGGUAUUGUUAUUCUGCACAAUGCAGAAAUACUUAAUGUAUGCGCUUAUAUUUUUUAAGUACCUAACUGUAUAAAUAGUUAUAAUUAUUACUAUUUUUCUAAUAGCAAAUCUAGUAAAAGAAGAAUCUCCAAUUGACGACUCAUUUCAAAAUAUAGUAGACAUUCCAUAACUAUUUUAAUUUCCAACUGUUUAAAAAAAUAUGAAAUUGUGAUCUUGGAUAUCCUAAAGAUGUGCCUUAAAAUUUUUAUUUAUUGUUAUUUAUAAGCUAGGCAACAUAUAUUUAUACAUUGACACAAACAUUGGAAUCCUGAAAACGACGUUUAAUUGUUAUGAAAUACAACGCAUUUAUCUGUAGAUACCUUUGUUAUUUUAUAAUGACUGGUAAGCAUUUUGAUCCACUUUUAUUUUAUGUCUUACCAAGCUUUUUCCUACCUUCAUGAAAACAACUAACGGUGUAUUACAAAAUGUAUUAUCAAUAAUAAGAGUUAGUUAGAGCUUGAAUUUUAUCACUCAAGGUGGCUCUUAAAGAUCGAUUACUAGAUCUUGAACUGAAGUUUGGGUUCCUAUAAUUUGAAUUUAGUGGAGUGAUGUAUAUAUGCGCUAGACAGUGCAUAAACGUUUAGGAAUAAUUAAUAAUGUAAUAUGAAUUAAUUUAUUACAGUUGAACCCUUACCCAAGAAUGAAAUUUUAAUUGAGACUCUCAAGUCUUUUGACUUGUAAUAAUAAACUAUUUAGUAAUUAGUGCUUGUAUAGAACCUAUGUACUUACUAACAAAAGUUACAACAUGAAUGUAUGUACUUACCUAUCGGAAAGCUUUAACUAUCUAAUGUAUGACGACAGUAAUAUGCCAUAAUGAUUGCCAUAUUAAGGUUAGUUUAUAAAACUGAAUAAUACAAUGUUUCUCGUUCAUUUCGAUGACGAGGAAUAAAGCACAAGUUAAUAUAAGUACUAAGUUAAUUUCUUGUAUCUAUAUAAUUUAUUUGCAAAUUAACACAUGUAGAUGUCUUGGCAUGAAAUGUACUUACGCAUAUUAAUUAUUUAAAAGUUCAUAUUGAAUGAAAAUCUGUCUAUCAAAGAGUAAUAGGUAUUAGGUAUUAUGUUCAGUAAUAUAGAUUUAGUUAAAAUUUAUUCUACAAUAAGUAAUUAUUAUAUUUUCAUCCAAAAAUAUUGUACGUAUUAUUUUUUGAUAGACGCUUUUUUAUGGAUUAAUUCAACUUGUAAAUUUAAUACAAUAUGUAAUUAUUGUGCUUUUAUAUUAUUUAUUUAUUGAUGUUAUUUUUGUAUGGAUAUAAAAACACCAGCUUAAAACGAGGUGUAUUAUUUUUCCUUGCCAUGUUAACAGAGAAUAAUUAUAAAAGCUUUUUAUAAAGAUCUUUAGAUACUGUGGUUAAAAUAUCAACGCGAUUGU